CUAUGUCUCGUGAUCACGAACCCGAUCAAAGUGAUGAGCGACAACGGAUUGAGAAUGCAGGAGGAUUUGUCAUAUGGGCUGGAACUUGGAGAGUGGGAGGUGUUCUUACAGUUUCUCUUGCAUUUGGUGACAUGCACUUAAAGCAGUAUGUUCUUGCUGAUCCGAAAAUUCAGGAGGAAAAAAUUGACAGCUCUCUUGAGUUCCUUAUACUUGGAAGUGAUGGACUGUGGGAUGUUGUAUCGAAUGAGGAGGCGGUGUAAAUUGUAAAGCCAAUACAGGAUCCUGAGUAAGCAGCAAAGCAGUUGAUGCAAGAGGCAUCCCAGAGGGGUAGCUCAGAUAACAUCACUUGUGAUGUGGUCCGUUUCUUGGUCAAUCAAGGACGUCCUUCUUGCAAUCCUUCUGUCAACCAAAGAGGUUCUCCCCAAUCUCCUUGCAAUGUUUCUGCCAUUCAAGACGGUUCUUCUUGCAAUG